AGCGCCGUGGUGUACUGAGGUUGCUCACUCUCUGCUCUGUGGUUUAGAAUGUGUUUGGUUUAUAGCCGGGCCCCCGGCAAGCUACUGUUGCUGGCCCACCUCCUCCUGAGCACCAGCUGCAGUCUAGGGGCCGUUGCGGAAUGGGAAAAAGAACCUGCGUAUUGGAAUGAUCAGGCCAGGAAGACGCUGGAGGCUACAUUGAGACUGCCACUACGAGCGCAUCGGGCCAAAAACAUCAUCCUCUUCCUUGGUGAUGGGAUGGGCGUGUCCACUGUUUCAGCCGCUCGUAUCCUGCGGGGUCAAAUGGAAGGACAAUCGGGGGAAGAGACUGUUUUGGCAAUGGAUAGAUUUCCAUACCUCGCCCUGUCCAAGACAUAUAGUGUGGACAAGCAAGUGGCGGACAGUGCUAGCACGGCUACAGCGUAUCACUGUGGUGUGAAGGCCAAUGCUAAGACGGUGGGUUUGAGCGCAAAAGCAGUACCCUACGAGUGUAAUACAACUUUUGGCAAUGAGGUUUUCUCUGUGCUACAUCGUGCUAAAGCACAAGGAAAAUCUGUUGGUAUUGUGACAACCACCCGCGUCCAGCAUGCUUCACCUGCAGCAGCCUACGCCCACUCAGUCAGCCGCAGCUGGUACAGUGAUGCAGACAUUCCCUCCAGUGCCCGCCGACAGGGAUGCACAGAUAUUGCCACACAGCUGGUUGCCAAUACUGACAUUGAUGUAAUUCUUGGUGGUGGGCGUAUGUACAUGACACCCAAGGGUACUCCUGAUCCAGAAUACCCCUCUUCAUCCUCUCGUAAGGGGGAUCGAAAAGACAAAAAGAACCUUAUUGAGAUAUGGCUAAAUGAUCGGAAGGAGAGGAACGCACAAUAUGUUUGGAACAAAGAGCAGUUUAAUGCAGUGAAUGUAAAAACAACAGACUGCCUUAUGGGUCUGUUUGAACCCAAGGACAUGCGAUUUGAGGUUUUUAGGAAUCGAACUCGUGACCCCUCUAUUGUGGAUAUGACAGAGAAGGCCAUCAAAAUCCUCAGCAAAAAUCCGAAAGGUUUUUUUCUCUUUGUGGAAGGAGGUAGAAUAGACCAUGGACACCAUGAUGGGGUCGCCAAACUUGCCCUGACCGAAACUGUGAUGUUUGACCGGGCAAUCCAGAGAGCAUCAGAAUUAACCAGUGAAUCAGAAACUCUCACCGUAGUCACUGCAGAUCAUUCCCAUGUCUUCACAUUUGGUGGAAACACACCCAGAGGGAACCCCAUUUUUGGUCUGGCACCUAAGAAGGCUGAUGAUAGUCUCCCAUUCACUAGUAUCCUGUAUGCUAACGGACCGGGAUACACUCAUGUGAAUGGAACAAGAGGAAAUGUUUCGGCAGUGGAUUAUUUUGAUGAAGGAUACAUGCAGCAAGCCGCCGUUCCUUUAGAAUCAGAAACACACGGAGGGGAAGAUGUGGCGAUCUAUGCUAAAGGGCCCAUGGCUCACCUCUUUCAUGGGGUAAAAGAGCAGAACUAUGUGGCUCAUGCCAUGGCUUAUGCAGCCUGCUUAGAGCCCUACACUAACUGCCCACUUCAGAUGCAAGACUCUGGGGGUUGUAAAAACACUCUUUCAGGACUUCUUAUCUCAAUAACUGCUGUGUUUUGGCUUGUCAUGAGAUGACACACUCAGCCAGUGGUGCCACAACGAGUGAUUGUGGCCCCAUACUUUUGGGAAAUGUAUAACUUAAAUUGUUUAUAUUUUGUUAUUUGUUUAUACUAGUUUAUUAUUAUUAUUAUUAUUAAGUUCUUCUUCUUAUUUUAUAUAACUAUUACAUUAUAUCCUUACUCCAACAGGGGCCCCAAUUCCCACUUCACCAUUAUUGUAAAUAAUCUUGAGGUAUUUUGACAACCAGUAUUUGUUUUCAUAAAAGUUUGGUGGUAAGCAGAAUGCUAAUGCUGUUUAUAUAAAUGUAAAACAAUUUUUAAUGAAUGUAUUUUCUAAGCAAAUACUUUUGUACAUGGUGCAUCAUGGAAGAAACUUUUGCACUGUGUGAUUAUAAAUUGUGUACAUGUGAGACCAAUAAAUGUAACUAAUAAACACAUUAGUCAUGUUAUCAAUGUAAUUAGCAUCUUUGAUUAGAUUUUUAAAAUGUCAUGAUUAGACAAGUGCUAUCAGAUAUUGACAGCCAUUUAUAAUAUGUUAAUUACUGUACUA